CACAAUUAACUAACCUUCAAGUCCGUGCCUGGGCUCACACAAGCAACCGUCCGCACGCGGUCAUGUUUGCAGUGGCAGCAGAAGUCCAGACCGUCCGGCUGACCCAUCCCUGGCCCUGCGUGGACAAGGUCCCCGUGGAGGUGACCUUCAAUACCGUGAGCCCGCACCUCACCCCGCUGGCCUUUCGUCCGUCCCAGGAGCUGUGGUGGGGAGGCGACGCCUACGCUGGAGUCAAUUACCAUAAUCCGCGGGGCUUUAAUUUUCAGUUCGCCGACGAUAAGGGUUUUAUUGCGCGUCUGCAGUUCUGGGCGGCUGGAACCAAAACAUACAGCCACUUCCACAACCACAGCAACGACAUCCUCCGAGAACUGUGCAUUUGUCUCUCCUACGGCACCGAGGAAGGGGGCGUCUGGGUGCCCUGCGCACCGGACAUCAAACAGUCCGCGGCGGAGCUGGACAUGCUGCAGGCCAACCAUCCCGAAAGGUUCACGCGACUUGCCCUCAAAGAGCUGGAAGAGCAUGGCCGCGUGUGGGAGGUGGAUGCGGACGGCCAGGCGAGUCGUGGCUGGCAGAACGUCGUCGUGCAUCCGCGGCAUACCUGGCGCGGGGGAAAAGGCGAGCACAUGGAUGUGUGGAUGACGGUGGAGUUUGAUGCGAAUUUGGAUCUGGGGAAGUCGUCGACUGGUGGUGUGAGGGUUGCGAUGCGGUGA